GCAGGUGGCUCUCGCAGUCCCCCACGCAGUAGUCGGAACGAAGCCACACACGUUGUUCUAGAUGGAGAAGAGCAAGAAUGGUCACCAGGCUUUGCUCAAUGAGGGAGAGGAGAACGAGCUGGAGGUGUUUGGCUACCAUACCCAGAGUCUCCGGAGAGCCCUGUGCCUCGUCACAGCCAUCCUGACUCUUGGCGCCCUUCAGCUGAUGUUCUACUGGAGGCCUGAGUGGUGGGUGUGGACCAGUUGCAUCCCGUGCCCUUUGCAAGAAGCAGACACAGUUUUGCUGAGAACAACAGAUGAAUUUCGAAGGUACAUAAGGAAAAAAGUCUUCUGCCUCCACUUAUCUGCACUGAAGUCCUCUAGAAGCAAGAACCCAGAAGAACCUCUGGUGGCGGACCGCCACUCGGUCAUAAACCGAGCUGUAAUGAAGCCAGAAUUAAAACUACAAUGCAUCCAAGUGCAGAAAAUCAGGUACGUGUGGGAUUUCCUGGAGAAGCGCUUUCGGAAAGUUGGGUUGCUAGAAGACAGUAACUCCUGCUUCGAUAUCCACCACACAUUUGGAUUGGGUCUGACCAGUGAAGAGCAAGAGGUCAGAAGAUUAGUGUGUGGGCCCAACGCUAUCGAGGUGGAGAUCCAGCCCAUAUGGAAGCUGCUGGUUAAACAGGUUUUAAAUCCAUUCUAUGUGUUCCAAGCCUUCACCCUUACUCUGUGGCUGUCUCAGGGUUACAUAGAAUACUCGGUGGCCAUCAUCAUUUUGACCGUUAUCUCUAUUGUCUUAAGCGUGUAUGACUUGAGACAGCAAUCCGUGAAGCUACACGACCUUGUGGAGGAUCACAACAAAGUCCAGGUCAUCAUCACCGUAAAGGGCAAAGGUCUGCAGGAGCUGGAGUCCCGUCUCCUGGUUCCAGGAGAUAUUCUCAUUCUUCCAGGGAAAAUCUCACUACCCUGUGAUGCUGUCCUGAUCGAUGGAAGUUGUGUGGUGAAUGAAGGGAUGCUCACAGGAGAAAGCAUACCUGUUACAAAGACGCCAUUGCCUCAGACGGAGAACACCAUGCCCUGGAAAACCCACAGCUUAGAGGAUUACCGGAAACACGUACUUUUCUGUGGAACGGAAGUGAUCCAGGUCAAGCCAUCUGGGCAGGGACCUGUUAGAGCCGUUGUUCUGCAGACAGGUUAUAAUACAGCAAAAGGGGACUUGGUGAGAUCCAUCCUCUAUCCGCGACCUCUGAACUUCAAACUGUACAACGAAGCCUUUAAGUUCAUGGUGUUCCUGGCCUGUAUUGGUGUUGUGGGAUUUUUCUAUGCCCUGGGUGUCUAUAUGUACCAUGAAGUUCCUCCGAGAGAAACCGCAACUAUGGCCCUGAUCCUCCUCACAGCCACUGUCCCGCCCGUGCUCCCAGCCGCCCUGACCAUCGGCAAUGUGUAUGCCCAGAAGAGGCUGAAAAAGAAGAAGAUCUUUUGUAUCUCCCCUCAAAGAAUCAACAUGUGCGGCCAGAUCAACCUCGUGUGCUUUGACAAAACAGGAACACUGACAGAAGAUGGGCUGGACCUCUGGGGGACCGUCCCCACGGCUGGCAACUGUUUCCAGGCAGUCCACAGUUUUGCCUCAGGCCAGGCUGUGCCCUGGGGCCCGCUGUGUGCAGCCAUGACCAGCUGCCACUCCCUGAUCCUUCUCGAUGGGACCAUCCAAGGAGACCCUUUGGACCUCAAAAUGUUUGAAGGCACAGGCUGGAACAUAGAAGAUUGCCAAGUGCCUUCCUGCAAAUUGGGCCUGUCAGAUUCAAGCACCGUAAUAAAACCAGGACCAAAAGCCAGUCAGAGUCUGGUGGACUCCAUUACUGUCCUGCGACAGUUUCCCUUCUCCUCUGGCCUGCAGAGGAUGUCUGUGAUCGCUCAGCUGGCUGGUGACCUUCGCCUCCAGGUCUACAUGAAGGGUGCUCCGGAAAUGGUGGCCAGGUUCUGCCGAUCCGAAACAGUGCCCAAGAAUUUCCCACAGGAACUGAGGAAUUACACAGUGCAAGGCUUCCGUGUCAUCGCCCUUGCCCACAAAACCCUGAAUGUGGAGACGCUUUCCGAUGUGGACCGUUUAGCAAGGGAGAAAGUGGAGUCCGAGUUGACAUUCCUGGGACUUCUCAUAAUGGAGAAUCGCUUGAAAAAAGAAACAAAGCCAGUGUUGAAGGAGCUGAGCGAGGCCCGCAUCAGGACUGUGAUGAUUACAGGUGACAACCUCCAAACCGCCAUCACUGUUGCUAAGAAUUCUGAAAUGAUUCCUCAUGGCCACCAGGUCAUCAUUGUUGAGGCUAACGAGCCAGGAGACCUCCUUCCUGCCUCUGUGACCUGGCAGCUGGUGGGGACCCAAGAGCCCAGCCCUCCGAGAAAGGAAACCUACAUUGAUAUCGGAAACAGUUCUGCACCUGGUGGAAAAGGUUACCAUUUUGCAAUGAGUGGGAAGUCAUACCAAGUGCUAUUUCAGCAUUUCUACAGCAUGUUGCCCAAAAUUCUGGUGAAUGGAACCGUUUUUGCAAGGAUGUCUCCUGGGCAGAAAUCAAGCCUUGUGGAAGAGUUUCAGAAAUUAAAUUACUGUGUGGGAAUGUGCGGAGAUGGGGCCAAUGACUGUGGGGCUUUGAAAAUGGCUCAUGCAGGCAUCUCGCUAUCAGAACAGGAAGCAUCCGUGGCCUCUCCCUUCACCUCGAAAACACCCAACAUCGAGUGUGUGCCUCAUCUUAUCAGGGAGGGCCGAGCCGCUCUGGUUUCAUCCUUUGGUGUAUUUAAAUACUUGACCAUGUAUGGCAUCAUCCAGUUUAUUGGAACAUCACUUCUCUACUGGCAACUGCAGAUCUUUGGUAAUUACCAGUAUCUCAUGCAAGACGUGUCCAUCACACUGAUGGUCAGCUUAACAAUGAGCAUAAAUCAUGCCUACCCGAAACUGGCUCCAUACAGACCAGCAGGACAACUGCUUUCUCCUCAGCUGCUGCUCUCGGUCUUCCUGAAUUCCUGCUUCACCUGCAUUGUGCUGGUGUCUGCCUUUCUCUCUGUGAAGCAGCAGCCCUGGUACUGCGAGGCCUAUCAGUACAGUGAAUGCUUCCUGACCAACCAAAGUAAUUUCUCAACCAAUAUGAGUGUGGAACAAAACUGGACUGGAAAUGCAACUUUGGUUCCUGCUUCUGUUCUAAGUUUUGAGAGCACUACCUUGUGGCCCAUCGUCACCUUCAACUGUAUCUCAGUAGCAUUUAUAUUUUCUAAGGGAAAGCCGUUUCGGAAACCCAUCUACACAAACUAUUUGUUCUCACUUCUGCUGACAUCUGCUGUGGGCCUCACCGUUUUCCUUCUCUUCUCUGACUUUCCAGCUAUCUACCAUGGAAUGGAGUUCAUCCCAACCAUCCUGUCAUGGAGAGUUUCAAUUCUGGUGGCAGCCCUUGUCCAGUUCUGUGUGGCCUUCUUUGUGGAGGAUGCCAUCCUUCAAAAUAGAGAGCUCUGGCUGUUGAUAAAGAAAGAAUUUGGAUUCUACUCAAAAAGCCAGUACAGGAUCUUGCAGAGGAAGCUGGCAGAAGACUCUACCUGGCCUCCCAUGAACAGGACAGAUUAUGCAGACGAUGGCAAAAAUGGAUUCUACAUCAACAGAGCCUAUGAAAGCCCUGAACAGGUCCCUAAAGGGAGACUCAGGCUGGCCGGGCAAGCUUCAGAACAACACUUUUGGACCAGACUAUGACCUGAGCAGCUGUCAUGCUUGUUCCUCAUCAUCACCUUUUGUCCUCCAAACUGAACACCGUGGAGAGGUGAAAGUUGCAGACCCUUCUCUUCUCUCUCCAUCUAAGCAUUCAGAGCACUUCAAUAUAUUGAGCCUUGCAUCAAAGAACCUUACCUUCAUUAUACCCUUCACUAGUGAGAGAAAAACCUGCACAUCUCAGAUCACCGUUUUAAUAAACUAUAUCCUACUGACUUUCUUUUUAACUGCACAGCUCUCAUGCAAUUGCAUUAGAUAUAUGGACAUCAAGAGAGAAGAAAAACCAGAGCAUUUAGUAUUCAAAAGUUUGGCUCAUUAAUUAAGCGAUGCUAAGUUUCCUUAAUUUUAUGCUAAUUUGUGAAGCACAUUAUUGUACCUAUCUUGCCCAGGAUCGCCAAAUUCCUCCUUCUUUUACGUCUUUUGUAUGGCUUCAAGAGAGAGAGGGAAAAGAAGAAGAAAGAAUUCUGCCCUAACUACACAGGAAGCCAGAGAUUGUGGAAGUGGAUCAGUGCUAAUCAUUUAUAAGUAUGGUGUGGGCACUGCUAAAAUAUAAGCAAACUACACCAGCUCUGUGCAUUCCCAGUGUUUAUUGUAUGGGGCCAGUGAACGUGGCAGU